UAGAAAUGGGCUUCCAUAAUGCCAGUGGUCCGUCCCACACCGCGGUAAAGAUAGCCGGUGGGCAUAACACCGGCAUAACACCGGCUCUGCGUCCAGCCGGCCAAGCACGUGGUCCCGCUCCUUUCUGUUUGCUGCAGCGAGGUCCUUCUCGACGAGUUUGGUGUCUUAGGUAAAUAUUUGCGUGUUUUAAGUGAAAAUGUCUUCAAUUCAGCCUCAGAGAGAAUUUAUCAACGAGCAGGUACUUCCUGGUGAAGAAACAUUCACAGAGUUGAAAGAAAUCAACGUCAAGAUCGAGAUGGAAGAGAUGGACGAUCAGCGCAGACUGCUGGAUUUUACCCGGAUACCGAAGACCAUCUUACACCGGAUAGAUUUCCCACAACGCUGUGUGUUUAAAGAGGAGGAGGCUCUCACUAAGAUCAGCAAGCGGGAGGAGGGGAACUCUGCUUUAAAUCAAGAUGAACCAGAACUUCUCCAGAUAAAACUGGAGCAACAUGAGCCAGAACAUCAACAGUUCAAAGAGGAAGAGAAGCGACUCUGCAUCAAUUCUGAAGACCAAGGAAAAGAGAGAGAUGAAGAACAAAAACAAAAUGAAAGAUGUCAUGAAACCAAACAGCAGAAAGACGCAACUGACGGUUCAAAACAAAAGACACACAAGAAAGCUCACUCAGAACAAAAACUAUAUUCUAAAAUUUGUGGUAAAGCCUUUUCUCAAAACAAUUCAGUGUCUAAUCACAUGAAAAUUCACACAGGCAAGAUGGCUUUCACAUGUUUAACCAGUGGAAAGAGUUAUGGGACUAAAUCUCAGUUACUUUGUCACACGAAAAUUCACACGAAUAAGAAGCCUUCCUCCUGUGUUACCAGUGGACAAGGUUUCAUGUCUAAAUCUCAGUUACUUAGUCACCUAAGCAGAAUUCACACAGGUGAGAAGUCUUUCUUAUGUGGGACAUGUGGGAAAAGUUUUACCCAAAAAAGCAAUUUAACCGUUCAUAUGAGAAUUCACACAGGUGAGAAGUCUUUCUCGUGUGGG